GGGAUGCAGGCCCUGUUCGAACGCCUCUCGCAGGAUUUCGCCAGGGCCCUUACCACUGCCAUCAUCGUCCGCGGGAGUUCAGUCCCGUGCCCCGAUUGCGAUUGCGCGUGCUCCCCCGCGCUCCACUGCCCUGCGCUGAAGCGCCGCUGCCCCAGCGGCGGGGGCUUGCUCGCGGCGAGCGCGCCCGCCGGCUGGUCGACGGGCUUCGUGACGGGCGCGGCGAUCGUCGCGCUAGGCCUUGGCGCGCUGGGCGGCGGCCGCGCGGCUGCCAAGGUGCGGCGCUCGGGGCCCGCGGGCGGGCCGCCAGGCAGAAUGGCGGGGCCCGUAUCCGGUCAGUUCCACCUCGUGCGAUACAACAUCGGCGGCCCCGCCAUCUACCACGAGCGGCUGACGCUGCUGCCUGGCUACAUUCUCACGCCCGGCGGCGACCGCUGCGCCGAGGGGAGCGCUGCGAUUUGCGACAUCCGAUCCGUUCACAUUCUAAGUGGCCAAGGUGAGGGCUUGCCUGGAGUUCCAGCAAACCACCUGUGCCAGUUUCGGCAGCUUCCUCCAGCAGCUAAUGCGUGGUCCGCGCUGCGGCGCGCGUCAGCUCAAAGGUUUGGACUCCUGCCAGCCCCCCCGUUCUGCAUCGACCUCAGCGGCACGAACGUUCUGGGGCUUGCUGCGGGGCCGCUCGCGCCGCCCGGCCCGCUCGCGCCCGUGGCGGCCGCUGCUGGCGGUCCCGCGGCCCCCGCGCUGCCUGCCCCAGUCGGCGGCGCGGCGUCGCCUGCGGCGGGCGCCCUGCCGGGGCGCGUCUCGGCGGCGCCUGGCGGCGGCGCGCCCGCGCCCGCGGCGGCUGUCGCAGCCCCCCCUGGCGCUGGCGGCGGCGCCGCCCCUCCCGUGGGGGCGGCAGCUGGUAGGGAUCCCCGCGCGAUGGCCGUCGUCUUCGACGGCCGCGGCUUUCGCGACAUCAGCAUCAGCGACGCGGUGAAGCUCCAGACGGAGACGGCGCGCGCCGACUGGCCUGCGAAGGGCCCGAGGGCGCUGCUCUGGGCCCUCGGCUUCGCGCGGCGCAUGGCAGGCGGCGCCAUGGCCUGGCACAACCGCUGGCUAGCGAUGAUGCCGCUCAGCGAGCACGACGAGAACGCGUUGCUGCACGAC